AACCAAAGGCGGAAAGAAAUGCUAGUAUAGUCCACCCAUCAUUAUUAUUCGGCGUUGGUUGCGUCUUGGUUGCGCGGAGAGGCAAGCAAGGGAUCUCGCUCUGUCAGAUGAGAUUGGUUGGAGUCUCGGAGAGGGACUGGUGCGGAGGAGCGAGCCACCAGGGAUUUCAUUUCUUCGUCUCCGGAGGCCUGAGGCUGAGUGGGUGCCCCGUCGCCGUCGGCCUACGCUGCGCGCUCUCUUUUUAAUGCCCCGCCGCCGCACUCGCCUCGCCUACGCACCCUCCUCUUCUUCCACUACCACUACUACUUCUUCUCCAGCCCGCUAGUUGCCGCGGCACUGAGCGGCGGCGUCUCUUCCGGAGUGAUCAGCAGAGAAAACAGGUUAUUGUCUGCCUAUCUACCACACAGCAAGAUGUCGGUAGCCAAGAAGGACGAGGUUUGCGGUCAUCCGCUUGGGCUGCGAUUGGGUGAGCCGGCUGCUGGUGUUCCCAUUAAGAAAAGGCCGGUUUUCUUAUCCGACAAAUCAGUUCCAUCUGGAAUGACACUCUCCAUGAAGCCCCCAUCUACUCCGACGGGGAUGUCCGUCUCGGCUCUGGGGGCUGGCUUUAGCAACGAGCCUGUCUUGAAUAGAUCUAAAUCGGAUAUUCCCAGUAGAUCUUUUACUCCGUCGACGAACGAGAAGAAAGGCGUGCUACUUAAUGGCUCAAGCGAGAUCCCCUCUCGUGGAGAGAGUGGUAGACUAGGGAGUGCUGCUCCCGUUGCCAGAUCACAGAGUCACAAGUUUCUGACUUUGGAUUUACAGUUAGCGUCUCGUCAGAAUGUCAAAAUCAACUCUAAUUCCCCUGUCAAGAAAGAGAAACUAGAUCAGGGGUUUUCUAUAUUUCCUUCAGCAAGACCUCCCAAGGAUGUGCAAACAACAAGUGGCAUGGAAUCUUCUUCUAACGCUAGCUUGGGAAAACUAUCUAAUUUAGAUCUUAAUGUAUCACUGGACCCAGUUGAUCAACUUGAAGGUUUGCCUACAAUGCAGGCUGGCUUUAACAUACCCCAUCAUACAACAAUUCAGCAUCAGAAAGCACAGGUUCCCCCAGUGGCACCCUUUUCUUCAGUAAGCAGUCGGCUGAGUCUAAAUAUUGACAAUACUCUGAAACCGUCAAGUGCAUAUCAACUUCCUAAUAAGAGUGUGGCAGCUGAUGUUACCUUAGAUUUGCAACUUAAACCACCAACCAGACCAGAGCUUGGAAUAAGCUGGAAAGGCCUUGCUCCUGAUCCAGAGCUAAGCCUCUCUCUAUCUGGUAAUCACACAGAUGAGCCUAAGGGUCUGAAUGUUCCUGAUGCUAUAUUUACGUCUGAACCUGUUGAAAGAGCCAAUAAGAUCAGCCUGGAGGUUCCUGCACCAGUCUCCGAUAAAUCACCAGCUGAGAAGAUUUCGAAACCUAUGGCGUGUAAUGUAAAUCCUCACACCACCAUGCCACAAUCAGUUUCUGGAAAUGUGGAGAUAAUGCCCAGUAAUUUGGUGAAGAAAGAGCCUGGAGAACCUACACGGCGACAUAUCCAGAAAAAUGUAGAAAAGCCACCUCUGUUCGUCCAACAAAGUGUUGGACAGGCUAGCAGUAGUGCUGAAUUUGAAAAAACUGGCAACCUAAACCAAGUGUGUGGUAAAGCUGGCUUUGAUUUGUACUCUGGAAAGUUUCCAAAUGGUAGUGGUGUCCGCAAUGGAUUGGAGGUAGUGACUGAUAGUGUUCCUGCACAAACUGACAAGUUGUGUGGUGUUGCUUGCACUGAGAAAUUUAUCAAGCGUGAAGAAGUGACAACUGCCAUCCCAAGCCCUGUGAUUGCAACAGUAAGUGGUCAGUCUGAGUCAUUAAUUGCUAAAUCACUGCAUUUGGAAGGUAAUGUUGCCAGCCCUGUUGCUGGAUUAUGUGAACCAGCUAGUCAACCCACCAUUUCUGCUUCGGGACCUGCAAGCUGUAAUCCUGUUAAAGCUACUAUUGAUUGUAAACCAGCAGUUAAUCAGAUUCAUGCUCACAAAAAUGUGGCCCGGAAGCCUUGUGAUGUAUCCCGAAGUUCCUCCAACCCUACAGCUGAACCUCUGGUUUUCAAUUCUCUGCACCGUGCUGUACUUGAUGGUAUGUCCCAAGGAAGUGCUUCAAUGGACUUUUCAGAGGAUGGUGAUAAUGCUGUUUCACAGCUGCCUACUACCAAUAAGCCUCGUGUUGAGUCAUUGGGUAAUAGUCAAAUUACUGAGGUUAAUAACUUAAUCACAGAGCCGCGGAAAGAAGGUGAUAGUAAUAUGCAUCAUGACUGUUUGUCCGUGACAAAUAAGGUUCACAUUCAGGGCACUGAUGAUGUGAAGCGUGUUAAUACGCCAGAUGUCAUUGCCACCCAUUCAGGUGAGGAGGAGCAUGAAAGUGAGGUUUCUGUUAAUGGGAAAGCCAAAGACAAACAAUUGUUGACAUCUGAUAAGAAUUCCCCACUGACUAAUACUGACAUUACCAUGGAAGAUGUUAAGAUUUCCGCAGGUGCCAGUUCAGCAGAUCUUACAAGAUCACCUAUUUUGGGAGCUUCAGGUUCCCAUAAAAUAGAUUCUACGAGGCAAUCUCCCAAGACAUCUGAUAACACUGUCGAGAAGUGUAGAAUCCCAGUGAUAAAAUCUGAAAGGAGUCAGUCUCCUGAUGGUAAACAAGCUGCUAAUUGUAGCGAGGACAAUACAAAAAUUGCUGCUGUAAAGAGUGAGCAUGGGACAGAAAAGGAAGAGAUUGCUAGAGGCUCUAAUUUACAGCCAAACGAUCCAGUUUUGGGUGAAGAUUCACUUGUUGACGGAGCUUCGACCAGUCAACUACAUAAUGAAUCUACAGAGGUAAAAUCGACAGGUGAAAGAUCAGAACACGAAAAAUCCAAACCUGACUCUUGCAUGACAUCUUCUGUACAGAAUGAAAAAGAUGGACAGGUUAAUGGGUCGCAUUGGCGAGAUGUGGCAAAUGCUUAUGUUAAUAGGAAUGAAAGAUGGGAGAGGUUCAUGCAGUCUGAGCGAGAGAACAAUAGAGAGUUCCAUGGUGGCAGAGACAUGAACAAUCAACGGAGGAUAGACCCACGUUAUCGUGGUCGUGGUGGUGGAUAUCAUGGCUAUCCAAGGAACUUCAGGGGUCCAAGAAUGAGCGAUGAGUCUGAAAUUGACUUCGAAGAUGAACCUAUUGUUGGCAGAAGGAGGCCACAUGAAAAUGACUACGGGCACUUGCACCGAACUCAGCAUAGGCGGCUGCGUUCACCACUGCAUCAGAUGCCUGGCUGCCUCAUGAGAGAAAUGGAGCAUGACAGAUUUUCUAGGAGAGAGAUUAUGGACCCUAGGCUGUUGGAUCACGGGCAGAUGGAUGAUGUCCCAGAUGACAUGAUGGAACAGAGGUUUUUCAUGCCCCAUCCUCAUUCACAGCACACUCUAGGUGAUCAUGCAUUUAUCCACAGGGACAGGAGUCAUUCACCUGGUCAAAGAAGGGGCGCCCCCGUGCAUUUCCACCGGGGACGGUCCCCUGAAACCAUGCACAGAUCACCACCACUAAACAGAAGUGACAGACCAUACUUACCUCAUCAACGCCACAUACGACGCCGUGGUUCUCCAUUCGACCGAGUAGGACAUGACGAGAGAGGUAUGCAAAGGAACAUGAAGCGGUGUGGCAUGCAUCAAGGUGUGGAAGGUGAGACCUUUGAGCCACCUUUACAUCCCGCUCAACUAGCCGAGCUACAUGCAGAGGCUGAGCUUACAGAGAGAAGGAGGUUUGGGGAGAGGAGAGGGUAUCGUCGAUCCUUGGAACGGAGCCCCAUGGGCGGCGACGAGGAGAUGCUCUCAUACCACCACGGCGAUGGCGACAUCGACUUCGCCGAUGGUGAUGGCGGUCCACGGGAGCCUGAUGGCCGUGGCUUCAGGAACAGAAUGGAGCACCGAGCAAGGGGCGAGCAGGAAGACGGCUUCAGGUACCGUGGCCCUCAGGGGUGCCGUGACGGCAACCCGAAUGACAGUAGAUCGAAGAAGAGGAGGUACUGACCUAGCAAGGGAUGGAUGAAUGCAUCUGAAUCUUCUACCGACUAAUACAUAGUGGCAUUUUGAUUCAGCCGUCGUCGCUUCUGUUAGCCAAAUCAAGAAGUGUUUGCUGACCACACCCCCCCUCUUCCUACAUUGGUUUGUUUGUUGCGUUCUUUCUCAGGAGAUAUGCUGCAGCAUUAAUAACAUCUACAGUGAUACACAUGUUACACUGAUGAGAUGAUUGUCAUCGGCUGGCUGCAUCUUUCGAUCCUGGUUGGCAUAAGCUGAAGCUAGCAUGUCAACAUGGAGGACAGUUUUUGCCAAAUCUUCAAACUAAACGAGAGAUGGCCUGAAGCUACUUGCAGAAGUGUCUUUAUCUAUCUAUCCGGGCCUUACCUACUUGCUGCACGGUAUUGGUAGGGCGCCCUGUAUUAAAGCGACUUGUCUUCACUAUAGUUUGCCUAGUUGUUGGUCCGGAAAAGCAGAUGGGAUACGGUACCGCAUACCCACCCGGUUUGGAUGUGGUUUAAUUAGGACUUGUUGCUGUCUUUGGACAAGACUUUUUACCUACUGUUUAUUAAUGGGUGUGACCUGCACCACCGCCACCGGGCAAUUUGCAUCGAAUAAAAGUCCGCGGUGUGUUCGGCA